AUCAUUAAAAACUGAAAAAUUUGAACUUUUCAACUAUUUUUAAAGUAAAUCAGAUUUCAAUUUUCAGCGUUGUUUAGCGAAAAUCGCGGCAACGACCUGUUAUUGAAACCGUUAUAAAAGCAGACAAAUUCUAUGGUUUUGAACUAUUUAUAAAGAAAGCAGAAUAGUGUAAAUUGAUUUGACUAAGAUUAAAAUAAACAGUUGUACUAGUACAUAGUGUCGUAUAACCUCCAACCAUAAUAACAAUUUAAUAUUUCCUUAAACAGUGCAAAGUGCUUAUUGAAGCACGACUGGCCCAGGCUUAUGUAAUAAUAAAAUAAAAUGCAGAAGCUUCAAGACAGUGUGUUUUCUAUUUUAAAAACUACAAGUUUAUCACCUGCGGUGUUUAGUUUUUUACAACCUACAGACGAUUUUGCAGAAACACCCUUAGGCGGCAUUUUACGUGACACAAAAUAUGGUUGGCUUGCUCUUGGACCAAAAUUCUGUGUUGUUGAUCUCAGAAAUGGAUGGAAAGUUGCAGAAAGAACAUUUGGAAAUGGCUCCAGCCAUAUCACAGUAACCAGUGUUAUUGAACUACCACAUCCCCUCACUAGAGGUUCCCAACAGCUUGUUAUAAGCCUUGAAACUGACGACAGAGGCUUGAUAUGCAUUCUACAUAUUAAUGGAUCUCAAAUACUUCGCUGUAUAGAAACUGAUGUAAUUAUCACAGAGCUGGCCUUAUGUGAUGAUGUGACUAAUGGUCCACUUACUUGUUUUGAUGGGUUGUUGAUGGCUGGGACUCAGAAGGGAGAGGUUUUAGUUAUAGAUCUUAAUAGAAGCUCUUUGAUGCAAGCUCUAACAGAUAUAACUGAAGGAAAUGUAGAUCUUAUAAAAAGUGAGUCGGAUCCAGCUACUCUGUCAUUUAUGUCUCUUAAAUCACUACACAAAUAUGAGAGACAAGGAGAACUACCAUUAAAUAAUAAUGAGCACUUCACCAUAGUCUUAAACGAAGAUUCAUUUAUUGACAGUCAGUACAUAUUUAGAAACCCAGAUGGUACUGUACGAAUGAAAGCUCAAAAAGACCAUGUAAGAGUAACUGUUGUCCAAUACAUUCCACAAUUAGGCAGUUUGGCCGUCGGGUACAACUUUGGUGCAUUUCAAAUAUGGAAUAUAUUUGAUUUAGCUCUUGAGUAUACAUCUCAGGUGAAUGUGGAGUGCUUGCCAGUAACACAUUUCGGAUUCCAGGAACCUUGCGAUGACCCAAGAGCAUUCUGCUAUCUCUGGGUGGUGUUUUCAGUGACAAAUAGAUUUGAGGAACACGAGUUUCCCCUGGCUGUAAUGUACUCUUUAACUUACCAAGGGAAACGAAUGCUGGUUGAUAAUCAAUGUUUAUAUCAGGAGUUUUCUUCAGCAACAGUAUGUUUUCAAGUUGAAUUAGGUUCUAUGGACAAUACGCACUUAAUCGGUGGUCGGUGUAUUUCCACUCAUACAUUCUCUAUUAAUACUAUGUUGGGAGAGGAAGGGGAAGAUACCAUGUUAAAUCUAUGUCAGCUGGUUUGGGAAUGUUGGGGUGAACAGACCAAGUCAUCGCAUUAUGGCAUGCUUCUAUUUGAUUUAGACCAGUGGUAUAAAGACCAAAUGCCUGCUACAUACCAGCUCCAAAGUAACACUUUUAUGAGUACCGCUUGGUGUUCUGAGCUUGGCAGAGGAAGCCUCACCCUGGACUUGAGGUUGGAUCCCAGCUCUCUAUCCCCAUAUUCCCACGCUACCAGACUUGAGGAACAUUUUUAUCCCAAUUCAUUACUAUAUAAUUGUGUGUGCCUUAACACCUCGGAAGCCAUAAAGCUUCACACUGUGGGUAUACAACGUCAAAUCAUCAACUCUAUAUCCAGUUCGGGGCCCUCUUGCUUGCUUUCACCAGCUCGACUCUACGCUUCCUGUAUGUCCGCCGGACUUAUGCCUGCCUAUAUUACCGCGGAUUCAGACAAUUCUGUGGACGAACAACGAAAAUUCUUACUAUCUGUUGUGCUUGAAGCUCGAUUGAGCCAGUUUCUCAAGCGCUGUGCUCAAGAUUGGGCGACUGGUACCCACACCGGGGUGGGAUGUACCCUCACUUUUUUGGUGGAUUGGGCCUGGAAGCGCGCUAUAGAACUUAAAGAGAACGCAAAAGAUCUUAUUUUGCCCCUCUUCACUUCGGCCACUUUGCCAGACAGGAAUGUUAUACGUUGCCUGGAGCACAGCGUGCAACAGCUAAGUCAGUUGACUGGACUACUUGACGCCGUCAUUACGAAAUGCUGCAAUCUGGUUGUGCCCGAGGCUCUAAGUGAGAUAGAAGAGAAAUUUAAGGGUAUAGGCACCGUGUCUCUGUAUUUCCAAGUGAUUCAGUGGUUUUUGAGAGUGGGUUUACUACCCGAGAGAAACCAUCCACACGCCUCACUGCCAUAUCCCGCUGAACAGCUGUACGCCAUUUAUAAGAAGCGCCGCGAAAAGCUUCAUCGUAUACAGGGUGACUCUAUAGAUGGCGACCCAAGCUGCGUCCCUAGCUCGCUUCUGUAUGUCGACCAGCUCAUCAUCAAUGAAUUUGGAGGUCAAAUGGUGCACCAGAUUUGGACUCGGGCGGGCAGCGAAUGCGGUGGAUUGUACCCGCCUCCAUCGCUAUACGCCUUGCUAAGGCUGUAUCUCUUGCCAGAUAUAUCCGAAGAGCACAAACAUUCUCUUCUUUUAUAUCUGUUACUGGACUACUCUAUGCUCUAUGAUGAUGGACAGUACGAGGCAGUGAUCCGCCGUCUAAUGCAAUUCCCGCCAAUGUUUGGUCUGAGCACAACUCAGGUUCGAGCCACGCAAGCCUUCUGGCAUCUCGACCACAGGGACUUUCACUUCGCACUCGAUCAACUACAAUGCCUAACUGGCAACACAUUAUCCGACUGGCAACACCAAGUCGUUCUAUCGUCUCUGCUCGCGCAAAAGAAGUCGCAAGCCGCCUUACAAUACUUGCAUCUUAGACGGCCAGCUCCAAUACAGAUUAAGGCGAGAAUCGGUGACUCCGCCAAUUCGGUGAAUGAGUAUGACAAGUUUGAAGACUGGCAAUCCUAUUGUAAACUAUACCUCGCGAGGGGUUUGGUAUUUGAGGCGUUCGAUGUUGUAAGAGUUUGCACGCAAAGUGCUGGAUCGAUUGAUGACAAAACGCAAGUGCUGAAUUAUUUUUUUAAAGGUUGUAGAAACAGCGGUCAUCUGUCUAAAGUGCUACAAUUGACUCUAUUGCCUUUGGAAGAAGAUGUCUUCAUCAGGUAUCUGAAGGAAUGCAAUGAACCAGCUACCUCGGAUAUACUUGUUAUGUACUAUUUGCAACAGUCUAGAUACCUCGAAGCGGAACAAUACAACAAGCAAAUAAAGUCGAAUGGCAAAUGGCGGGAAAUGUGUCGUUCGGUGGAAUCGAUGAGCGAUUUAUUGGAACGGGAGAGUGCGAGAGAUGUCAUUGUGGAAGUUAUGUGUCGGUGUGUUCCCAAUAUUGCCACUACUGUAGCUAAAUUCGCCACUCAGGAGUUUGAACCCCACGUUCGUAAACCCAAGCCGAUGUCAGUGUACGUCAAGGCGAAAUCACCCCAAAACACGUUUACAUACAAAUCAUCGUUCAUACAGGACGCAAUUGAGAAUGCAAGCGAGACAUGGGUGAACAAACCCACGAUGAAGAAAGGUCUUAAACGGGCUCUCAAUAUUAACGAAACUCCGUUCAUUUGUACUCCGAAACUUUAUAAGGCGAAGAGUAUAUUUGAAAAGCAAUUCGAGUCCACACCGGCGAAGCGUUCGAAACUGGAUGUAUCACCUAAAACACCGAGGAACAAAAGUGCGCUGAACGUGAGCCACAAACUGACUGAGCAAAUCUCCACUUUACUAGAAAUGCCUCACGUCGAGAGCCCCAAACAUAAUAUACGAUCGGAAACGCCGCAUAGUAUACUUAAGACUCGCAGAUUGGAAUACCAAGAGAGAGACAUGUCAUCACCAACGGAAUCCCGAUACCUCGGAGAGAGUGAUGAGGAAAUGGAAACGGCUAGCAAUCACACACAUUACAGCGACUCCACUAACAAGCAUCUAAGGUUUACUAUUCCGACUCCUACGGAAAUUGUUCCGACUCCAUCUCCGGUAGCAGUGCCCAUACAACCUUCGCAGGACACAACUGAUCAUGGACAAGAGGAUUUAGAGGAACCCAAAAAAUUGGAAUCUCCUCCAAAGAAGUUUGCAGCUGAAAGGUUCUCACCUAAAAAGUUAUAUAAAGACUCGGUUAAAGCCAGGAAAUCGCUAUCUAUAUAUGCCAAUAGUAGCUUAUCCGACGAUCCAAAUACCUCUAUCGAAAGUAUAGCGGAUAUACCAAUCACGCUCAUAAACCCGAAGUAUACGUACACGAAAUCCCCCGAAGCCGAGACGCAAAGGAGCGAGAUAGAUAUACGUGUGCAAUCGAGUGUGACAAGGACAGAUGAUUGGGAUACAUCGGUCGAGUUGAGUUUCGUGUCGAAAACACCUAAAGGGAGACGAAGCAUUCACGGCAAUGAGAGCAUACCGGUUUUUAAUAGAAGUCGCAGUACAACACCUGAAAGACAUGACUCACCCAUAACACCACUUCUUUCUACAAGGAAUGCCAGAAGUCGAUCGCGUACGCCCGAAAUAAGUCCUCGCUCGUCCCCAUUGCCCGCCAUUCCAGAGAUGCCUAAACUUGAGCGAAACACUGACCCGCACCCAACAUCUACUUUGUUGUCCAAACCGAUCAGAACCAGACUACGUACGCCAGAUAAAAUAGAGAAGGUCGUGGAAUCGCCACGCCUUGAAGUUAUCAAAGAAUCUCCGACAACGGAAUUGCCUGUUCCAGCGCCGCGGAGAAACCUCCGAAGCUCAAUAACACCUAUAGAGGUACAAACACAAACGGAACAAUCGGUUCUAGAAAAUCCGAGAAAUCUCAGAAGCCGCUCAAAAACUCCUGAUAAACAUAUGUCGCCGAAAAAGGAUAUUGUAGUGAAGAGUCGAAAAUCGCUCUCGAGAAUCGUUUUAGAAGCGAACACUUUUGCCAAAACAAAACAGACUGAAGAAAGUGAAAUAACUGAAGAAGUAUCUGAAACCACUAUUGAGUGUACUCCUGUGAAGAGUUCCAAACAAAUAUCUAGUAUAAUGGAUAUGACAUUUUCUCCCAUUGCUAACAAAUCCAUUUUACAAAGUUCAAAUGAAAGUAUUUCUGUACAAAUCGAAAAGAGUUCUGACGCGGAAGUAAAAGUACCCGCGUUUACUAGUAUUCAUGCAGGCUUAACAGACGAGUCAGUUUUGCACAGCUAUCAGAGCAGCGUUGCUGAACAAUCCAGCGCCCAAGAAAGUAAUGACGAGAGUGCUAAAGGCAAUUUACUAAAAUUCACCACCUUAAACGAAGAUAUUGGUAAAUCAGUACUACAUAGCUACGAUAGCUCCAUAGACACCAGCGCAAAGGAAGCCCAAAAAGCCGAAGUAUCUAAGACACCCAAAAUUUUGAUUGAUACAAAUAACUCUGUGUUAGACGAUAACAGCAUUCUUACUUCGAAUCAGUCUAGUCUAUUGACAAAUGACAGUGAAACCGAAGACAAAGAUUGGAAAGUGGAAAGAGAUGCAAAAGUGAUACAGCAAGAGAAGAACAAAAUCGUCGAAAUCGAGAGAGAGAUAAAUGAAAUCGAAGGCGAUCUAUCUGAUGAUGAAUGUCGAGCGGAAACUGACUCAGGCAAUGAAGUUGUUGAAGUUGAGUCUCCUGAUGAAUCCGGCGACGACGAAGAAUCCGACAGUUCGGAUGAGCAGGAUGAUUCCAAUGAUGGUGAAGAUGAUGUUAUAUCUAUAGAGGACUCCGAUUCCGAUCCCGAUCAGUUGCAAAUUGAUAAUCAAGUCAAAAUACCAAUAUUAGAAGCUCUUUCUGAAAUUGGUGAAAUGGCAAACGUCGAAAUUGAAAAGGUUGAGGAUAUAUCUAAAGAAAAAGCUUUAGAAGAUAUUGUAUCUGAAAAGGCUGACAUGCAUCAAAUAUCGGAUAGUAUGGAGGUUUCCACAGACCCAUUGAAUCAAGCUCAAAUGUCGCUAAUGACUGAUGACAAUUCUGAAUUUGAACAAUCUAUAGCCGUGAGUCAUGUCGAAGAAUCACACCAAAUUAAAGAUCCACCUAUGGAUAUAGAUCAAGCCGAUGUUGAAACUAGUUUCGCCGAUGAAAAUACGCAAAAUAAAGAUGAAACACAUAAGCAAACUUCAACUGAACAACAUCAAGAAAUACUGCAAACACAAGAUAUUAAAAUUGAUGAAAAUGUUGCCACUCCACUAACUGAAAAAGAAGUAGGCCAGGGUGAUAAUAAAAACAAAGAGGAAGCAAUCAAAUUGGAGGAAAAUCCAGAAAAAGAGGAUAAAAUUGAAGAAGUCAAAGAAACAGAAAAUCAGGCGAUUAAAGAUAAACAACUGACAACGCCGCGUAAACGUAGGGGUUCAACAGUGUCGAAUGCAUCCAGACAAGAAACAAACGUCGAAGAGGUUAAACCCACAAGGACCAGAAGGCAGUCAAUGCAGAGCGAAGAAAACACUCCACCGAAAACAACUUUCGAUAUAACGGAGAAUAUUCCAGAAACGCCCGAGGUUGAUUCGCCAAGAACGAGAAGACGUUCGAAAACGCCAACUAUAGAAAGGAGAAUACUCACGAGGCGCGCUUCAAGGGAAUUGCCCGAAAAGGAUGACGAAGUGAUGCCGCUUGAAGAAUUAACACCUCGUCGCCGAACUCGUGCCAGUAUGAAGAAAGACGAUGAUACAUCUAGCGUCGUCUCUGACAGCUCAAGCAAAUCUGCCAAAGCAAGCGAAGAGCGAAAGGGACGGAAGAUUAUUAGUACGGAGUUGACUGUGAUACCGGAAGUGGAAGAUUCUACUAAGGAUGUUGAGGAAUACUCUACUUCAAGACGAAUAACUCGUCACCAAAAAGCUGUAUUGGAGCGUUCGGUCUUAUCGCCUGCGCGUGCGACGCGUGCGCAGGAAUCUGAUCCUCUGAGACAACUCGAUAUAACAGAUCAUGAAGGCACCCCAGAUCGAGUGGAGUUUCAAAUUUCUCCCCCAUCUUCAGCUACCAAACUACGCGGCCGACGCGCGACGUCGGAGGUUAAGACUGUGGUGAAACCUGCUAGAAUUGGUCAGCGCAGCGCAUCCGUGGAUGUAGUCGCUGGUGAACCAGGGGCGGAGUCACCCUUAGGCACGCCCACUCGUGGUAGACGCGCGUCGUUUACACGCGCCAUUCAAGCCAUACACACACCCAAAGGACGAAGGGCUAGUACAGAUGUUAAGAGGGACAUGGAAAGUAACCCGGCUUCUCCCGCGGGUUCGGAUACAAGUGCGAUCACUCCGACCCGUCGAAGCACGCGUAGAGCUUCCAUACAAUCUUCUAACACUCGAGAACCGGGCAAAAGAACUCGAAAGGUCGCAGAGAAGAAGCAAGAUGUUCAGGAAUAAUGGAUACUUAGGUUAAUUUAAUUUAUAAUGUUGGGCGACCUGGAUUUGUAAUAUAACAUUAGUCAAAUAAAUACUUUUUUUAUAA